AAAAACCCUAAUCACAGUCAUCUCUACCGGCCACAUUUGCAGAGAGGGAGCGUGAGAGAGAAAUCGGCGAAGAUGAAGUACAAUCCAAGAGUAUCCUCCUCCCGCCGCAAGAGCAGGAAGGCACAUUUCACGGCGCCUUCCAGCCUUCGUCGGGUGUUGAUGAGCGCCCCUUUGUCCUCAGAGUUGCGAACCAAGUACAGCGUUAGGUCCAUGCCGGUAAGGAAAGACGACGAGGUUCAGGUGGUUCGUGGAACCUACAAGGGCCGUGAAGGAAAAGUUGUCCAAGUUUACCGUAAGAAGUGGGUGAUCCACAUUGAGCGCAUUACCAGAGAGAAGGUUAAUGGAUCCACUGUUAACGUUGGUAUUCACCCAUCCAAGGUCGUCAUCUCCAAACUCAGGCUCGACAAGGACCGUAGGUCUCUUCUUGACCGUAAGGCUAAGGGUCGUGCUGCUGCCGAUAAGGAUAAGGGUACUAAGUUCACCGCCGAGGAGAUCAUGCAGACAAUUGAUUAGUCCUUCUUCUAUCUAUUGUGUUUUCUGUUUUGUUAUAUCUUAUUGCUCUUGCUACUUUGAAGCUUGUUGGAAUAGCUAAAGAGUAUUUUU